AUGGCUGGCUCGGGUACCGGAGGAGACCACGCAAACUAUGGUGGGUCAAGUGAUGGGAACCCGGCAGCGGCCGCCGGGCAGUGUUCAGUACGGGAGCAAGACAGGUUCAUGCCAAUCGCUAACGUGAUCCGUAUCAUGCGGAAGGUGCUGCCAACCCAUGCCAAGAUCUCUGAUGACGCCAAGGAGACGAUCCAGGAGUGCGUGUCGGAGUACAUCAGCUUCAUCACCAGCGAGGCCAACGAGCGGUGCCAGCGAGAGCAGCGCAAGACCAUCACCGCGGAGGAUGUCCUCUGGGCCAUGAGCAAGCUUGGCUUCGACGACUACAUCGAGCCGCUCAGCCUCUACCUCCAGCGCUACCGGGAGCUCGAGGGCGACCACCGCGGCUCCAUCCGUGGCGAGCCCUUGCCUACCAUCAGACACCGCAGCCCCAACCCAUCCACCGAUGUCGUCCCAUUCUUUCCGCAGCCACCACCUCCGAGCUUUGUUGUCCCACCACCUUCUGGUCCCUCUCAUCUCAAUCAUCUCUAUGGUGACGGCGCAGGAGGCUACUAUUAUGGGAUGUAUGGUGGUGGAGAUGGGUCUGGGGCAAGCACAUCCCAGGAUCCACCCAUGCCUGGCUUUGACCAUUCCUAUGCUCCCUACAAGCAGUAAAACCAGUAUGUGUGUGUGUAUAUAUAUAUAUAUAUAUCUCGGGACGUAGCGGUAGCAUGUAGGAUGCAUGGUAGUUUCCAAGUGGAGAGAGGGAUGAAUUGGUCUUCCUUAUGUAACUGGUCACAGAGAGGAGAAGGUGGACGAGCUCGGGUUUUAUUUACUUGGAGUGGAGAAAGAUGUGGCUCUUGGCGUUUGAUUGUGAAGGGAUGGGGAGGGUCGUUGGUAGUGGCAUUGUUCUUUUGUCAAGGGUUCUGAGUGGAGACUUCGAAGUUUCGACUUCGGUAAUAUAAAACAGCAUCUCGAAGUGCUUGUAGCAUAAGUUAUUAGAAGGAACAAAGAUGGCAUGUGUGUUUGUGAAUCAAUCUCUUCUUUAAUCGGUUAUCUAUUUUGGUCGUGGG